CGCCAUGUGGAAUCCAGCAUGGUCUGAAGCGGUGUGUUGAGUCGGUUCGUUUACACCUGCCUUCCCAACGUUAUUCAAUGGAUUUGAAGGAUAGCAGUGAGGAUGAAGACCCACAGAAUAUAUCGGCAUUCAGCAAGUUUGACGAAAGUAUCGAGGUGCGUAACGCCGAAGAGAUUCAAAGUCCCGUUCAUAUGAUGAGCUUGUCGACGGUGCAAAGGAGUCCGAAAAGUUCCGCUGGCGACAGUUCCCCAAAUAUCGGUGGUGGAAGUCCGUCCAGAAUCGUCAAUCCUACGCGCUCAACAAGAUAUUCGAGUAAAGUCUCGGAGCACCUACCACUUGCAUCGUUUGGGAAGCCAAGUGGAUUGAUGAAUGAUGGCUCGGAAAGCGAUGAAACGGAUGACGAUGACAUACAGAGUGGAACAGCUAAGGUUCUCGAAACUUACGAUCCAAGGGACUUCGAGGAUCUUCAGGUUUCAGCUGAGAUCAAGGAGCUAUUUGAGAACAUUGUGAGAUUCUCUCCGCAGAAAAUUGACCUAGACUACAAAUUAAUUCCAUUUGUACCAGACUAUAUACCUGCGGUCGGUGAUAUCGACGCUUUCAUCAAAGUCCCGAGACCUGAUGGUAUUGCGGACAAAGUGGGACUGAUGGUUCUAGAUGAGCCAUGUGCGAAUCAAUCGGAUCCAGCUGUUCUUCACUUACAGUUGCGAAGCCAUAGCAAAAGUGCUGGACCAGCAACGCAAGCCGUGAUCAAGCGGAUCGAAGAUCCCGAGAAAAAGGCGAAGUCUAUUGAAAAGUGGAUCGAUGACAUGAAUCAGUUGCACCGAAGCAGGCAUCCGCCGACAGUCCAACUUUCGAAGCCGAUGGUAGACAUUGAUGCGCUAAUGCAGCAAUGGCCAGCGGAGGUGGACGAAAAGCUUGAAAAUACCUCUAUUGACCUCUCUCAGUUGGAUUGCGACCUGCCAAGUCUUGUCGACAUCGCUUGCACUUUAGUCGACAUCCCGGUUCAUUCCGAAGCCAGAAUGGAAGCACUCCAUACGAUGUUUACAUUAUUUUUAGAAAUCAGAGAUCAUCAAUAAUAGUUUUAAUUAGGACACAGAUCAUCGUAUGAUCAGUCGAGCAGUGAACAUGAAAUCUUCAGUAUAAUCCCCAUGAAUGUAUUCUCUAUUGUAUUCAUUAUUGAGCAAUGACGAUAGACAAAACGAGAACUCAUAAAUAGAUUGAAAAAAGUCUGCUAAUUUUUUUCUUGGAAAUCGGAAAUUGAAAGCUAUGUGACAUGUAAAUGAUCCAAGCCAAUUGAAAAUGAUAGUCUUCCGAAAUUUGAAUUUGAGAUAGUCCCUUAAGAGAAACAUCCCUCCACUUCUCCCGGUUCCAUACUCUCGACAUAACGGUGAACGAUUCGAAUAUCGCGCCUAAUGGUAAGCGCUGCAAGUGCGACGUAGUGCGAUAAGCUGCCGCCCUAGUAUAAGUUGUUUUUGUUUAUAUGGAAAUGUCAUCACAGAGUAAUAUACGUUUAUUUAGCAUAAUUCAUGGGGGAUGGUCAUGGUUAAGGGUUGAAACAGAAUAAUACGUUGGUUGAAUGUCUGAAAUAUGGUAUAAAACUCAUAGGAAAACACUUCCGACUUCGUAUCAGCGUUUGUGCAACAGAGUUGGACUUUGAACUACAUUUCACGACACCAAAAGCAACAGUGGAUUGAAUAAUGGACAAGAUAAUGACGAUGGGAAUGACAAUCGUAUCACGUGGUCAAAUUUUACGCAGCUAUGACAGAGCUUGCUCAAUCUUUCCUGGUAUUACUUUUCCGUACACACAUAUCUAUGAAUCAUACAGUUAUGUUUACCAUCAAAGUAUCAAUGAUAAUCCUUUUGUCUAACAAGAAUCGAGGCACGAUUUGAACGUCCUUGUCACCGUGCAAGUUAGUGAGCUAGAGACAUAGGCUCAUUCAAAAAAAUAUAUUCUAACGAGAACUGAAGACAUUUAAUUACAUAGAUCAGUGAAAGAAUCUGGUUAAUUUCUCACCCGUGCAUUGUAGUUGUGUUAGUUUUGAUUAGGCACUGUUUCAACUAGUGCUACGCUGUCAGUUCAGCAUGAGUUAUUUUUCUCUGUGUCAUGUGAUACGUAGUAGCUAUAAAGUUGCUUGAAAUCUAUUGACGAUAAUGACAAAGACUCGUAAAAGCGUAAUUAAAUCAAUGAAACUCUUUUAUCUUAAUUAUUACAUGCAGUUUAACAAGUGGCAGUAGGUGGAAUCGAACUGAUUUUCUGAUUUAAAAACAAUGGAGCCCAAUGGACCGACAGUGUCAAAUGUGUCAGUAAAUGAUAGUGUUGAUGGAAUCACAGAUUAUGA